AACAAGGAAUGUUCUAUGGCCAGUGUAAAGAAAAUGAGCGGUCUCAACGCAAAGAUUGCUAUAACUUUUGCUAAUAGACUAUCAUAAUUUAGAGGAGCUCAUGUUUUUUUUUCACACAUUUAGUUUUUGCAAAUACUGAAAACGUAGGAGGCCUUGGAUUUCAUCAAAUAUUAACAGCAUGUAACCUAGCGCAGGUUCAUUUGUGGCACAAAGCGUCACGUCUCACCCUCAGCGUCCAUGUAUCCAUGGAAACAUUUGUGUAGAGUUAAGAACAGACCUAGCCUAGUUUGGUGAGUAGCAUUCAGCAGGUUCGCGCGUAGACGUUUUGCUUAGGUUUUUAUGCUUUCGCUGUUAUGAUACGGUUGUAAAAUGGAAGUAUUAAAACCAGGUGACUGCAUUAUGAACCAGUAAUUCUGAAUAACGUUUUUGUUUUUAUUGACAAAGUUAACGCAUGGUAGCAAGCUGUUUGACAAUGCUAUCUUCGGCCGUAGGUCAUGAUUCGAAUCAUACUGCGACGUGUGACUACAUUUUGGCAAAAGAUAUUUAAAAUAGGAAAAUGUAAUGUUAGAAUAUGCAAAGAUGUCCUUCAGUCUGUUGGACUCUCUUGAUUCGGACACAGACACCUUGGUCCGGGAAAGGGCCUAUCAGCUGGAGCUUCAGAAGCGUAUUGGCAGUAACGUUAACAUUCAAAUCGAGGAAAAUGGUUCCGAUAGUCUGGAGAAGACACCUGUUACUAUCGUGGACCACCAAACUACCAGGACUGAUGAGGAAGUGACAAGUGAUGACAGUGACGAAUAUGCGGACCUACGGUACGACCCUGACUGGAGGAGGAAUUUCAAGGAGGUGCGCCUGUUCCAUGAACUGCGGACACAGCUCUCGCUGGAGCAGGGCAUCCAUGAUGUGUAUGACGGGCCAGAGGAAAACCUUGGGCAAGUCCGGACCCUGCCGAAGAGGAGAGGUCAAGAGAAUGUCAACGCUAUCGGUCACAGGGUAGUGCGAUCUGGUGGACCCACCGAGGACCACAUCACAGUAGAGAAAAUGAGUGGAGUUCAGCUUGAUCUCCCAGCAUCCUCUUUCCAUCUGCAUCCCCCAGAACAUCAGGUAGAGUGUGACUCCUCAACAACAUCCAGUCAGACACAAUCCCCGCCUGCAUCAGCGGCGAUGGCAGGAAGCCGUCUGAAUCGCGCCCUGAAGGAGACCAGUCUAGCCAGGCCACAGAGGCAACAUCACAGAGCGAUUCCUGAGGGACACGACCAAACACGUGAACCCCCAGAGCAAGGUGAAGAAGCUCCUGGCAGAGUGAAAGACAGUCACGGUGCCUUCCCCCUCGAUCAAAAGAGCUCUUCUCACAGGCGGUCAAACGCAAGGCCAGCCAAACCCAGGGGUGACGUGGUCGAUCAGAACAAGAAGACACUGGGUGUGAACCCAUCCAAGCAGGGCUCAUACCUGAGGAUGCAUGGGAAGAAGAGAGACCCACCUGAGCAAACACAUGAGGUCCAGGAGUCGCCGGAAGAUUCCAGCACAGACAGCCAGGAGAGCCAAGAGGAUGAGAGUCUGGACUCGGAGCACCUGUGGCAUCAGAAGACCCAGAGGCUGAGGGUCACUCAGUGCCAGAGAGAAAGGAGACUUCAACCUAAGGGGGGAAAUUGGAAACCUCUCCGGCAGAACCGACCCAAAAGGACUCACGCAGCCCAGACCAGGAGCAGGUUCAGCGCGCCGACCGACGGGCCUUUGGCUGGAGGGGAUUCCCACCCCCUGGCCGAUAUCCUGGUCAUCGACGACGCUGGCUCUUCCAGUUACGCCUCGGACACCUCACCACAGCCGCCACGGCCGCACAGACGCUCCCCUCCUCCUGCAUCUCUCUCUUCCCCGAGCAGGACCCCCACGGUCAACCUGAACAUAAACCUCAACACGUCCACGGCAAGGGGACACUCACCCCACGUCAUCAGAGACCAGCAGGACGGCCUCCUAGCGCUGGCCUCUCCCAAGGCCUCGCAGUGGAUGCUGAGGCCUCAGUUCUACCCCACGCCUUUCACUGGCUCCGACUCCAGUCCCAGCCUCCCGUCUCCUCACGCAGCUGCCACUGCUGAUGCUGGUCAGUUGCAGUGGGCAUUGGUGAUGGCCUCUCCCAGUGCUGCUAUUCCUGACUCUGGGCACAAGGGCCUGGACACGCUAGCGCCCCCAGGUGGCAGAAAGAGGAACAACACAGAGGCUCAUUUCUGGGGUCAGAGCCAAAAUGGUGAAAGAGUGAGUCUGUGGCAGUCUAACACAGAGCCGACCCCGGAGCCUGUUGUGCAGAUGCACGAUCACGCUCUCAGAUCCAGACAUUCUAUAGGAAGCCCGGCGCCCUACUUUGUGCUGCCCCCUAUUGGUAGAACGGUGGCAGAGGACCGUGAGCGUGUGGCUGACCGCGCUCAGAACAGCUUGAUGAUGAUUGGCCCCAGGAGCUGCUCGGAUGGGUACCUGGCUCAGAUGGAGAAGCAGAGGCAGACAAAAGCACAGACGGUGUAUAAGGCAUACACACUCAAGGAUUAUAAAAGUCUUGAACAGGAUGUGAAGCUCGGAGGUCUCGGACCCAGUAGCGCUGUAACUGAAACAACUGCAGAGAAAAUUAGACGACAGAAGCUGUAUUCAGAUGUGAUCCGGCAGCAGAACAAGAAGAUAAGUAGGAUUCCCUUUCUGCCGGCUCAGGCUCAGGCUCAGGCACAGGCCCCGCUGAACACUAACAAGGACGCGGCUCCCAGGAGAAAGGCUUUGGAAUACGCCAGAACCAUCGCGAAGCCGAGCGUGUCACCGCGGUUGAAGAAAGAGGCACAGGAGAUGACGGCUGCCCCUGACCAGGCGAGGUAUUUGAGUGGGGUGGACAUGGGCCAGCUGACUAUCCUGGAGAGCCUGCGCAAGCGCCACGAGCUGGAGAAGCAGGCGGUCGCUCAGUUCAAAGCCGUUCAGGCCAUUUAACCCUCCCAGAGAUCGACUUCAGUUUGACACAGUCACAGUCCUACUGCACAAGACACGGGCUGCAUAAGGAAACCUCUGAGCACUUUCUUUUCUCGAGGAGUUUAUUCUUUUACUCAUUGCAAUUAAAAUGCUUUUGAAAGUCAUGGCUGUGCAAUCUGCCAUAUUGGAGGGUCUCUGUCAGAACUCAGUUCUUCCAGUUGACUUAUAGUUGAUUUUAGAUCUUGACUGAUUUUUGAAUGAGUUAUCAGUUAGGAGUGAUGGAUAGACGUCCUGUCAUAAUGUCUGUUCAUGACCAUGUUCAUGACCAAAUGAACAUGCAUUUGUUGUACAGUCUGGUUUAUGAAUAGAGACUUUGCAGAUAACUAGACUAACGUGAGAAACAAGAUGGAGCUCUUAGAAAUCCAACAUCUAAUACUAAUGGUGUAGUGGUUCAAACAAGAUACAAAAACAGGUUGUAUAUGUCCUUAAAAUGCACCAAUGUAUCCAUGUAAGUUACAAAUUGUUUGUGUAUGUGUGUAUAUAUAUAUAUAUAUAUAUAUAUAUAUAUAUAUGGCAUGUAUUAUGAUUUUUUUUCAGUCUCACACAAUACCUCAUUUUUUCAUAAAAUCCACUCAGAGACAGAAUUUAAAUGAAAUAAACUUUAAAAAUAUA